AGAUGUUUGUCAUUGGUGUGAUUAGACAGGAAGUGUGCAUAUAAUACCGCUCGCAAGGUGCAUUGGCUCAUUUAAUCAUGCUUCUCCGUCUCUGCUUAGGUGUGAUACUCCUGGCUGUUUUUGCAACAGCUGAUGAGAAUGAUGACGCUGAAGAUGACGCUAUCAAAAUAGACUGUUUGAAACAGUCUGUGAACAUCACAUGGAGGAUCACUCCUGAGCUGGCACCAUAUUCAAACCGUCUCUUCCUUGGAAACUGCAUCCGCUCGAGUAUGAUUGGUUUACCGACUGGAGAUUGGGAACUACGUUUUGACUACAAAUUCAGAGAUUGUAAAUUUAAAAAAAAGUUAACGGCAAAACAUCUUAUCCAUCAAAAUGUAUUGACUUACAAGCCAGGGGUGAAGUCAAGCCCGCCGGCUUAUGAGUAUUUCUUUGAAUGUGUCCAGAAAAGGCCAGAUGGGUGGAUUCCUUCAUUCUUGACCCCAGGUGCCAGUGUGUCUACAGGCCGGGGUGGCCUUGUCUUCCACAUGGCACUCCUCAAUGCACAAAUGUCCGGCAUAGCAAAAUCCAACGUAAUCCCGCUGGGCUCGUUCAUGCCGAUCUGGGCGGCUGUGGAGCAGAAAGCCCAUCAACCGUUACGUCUCUUCAUGGAGGAAUGUGUAGCAGCCCCCACUGCACAGCUGCGACCGCAACAGCAGGUUUAUCCCAUCAUUCUCAACAAAGGGUGUCUUUCAGAUCGUGUCAAAGGAAAUUCAGCGUUCCUUCCGCGAUACCAUUCAUCUGCACUUGUCCUCUCCCUCCAGUCGUUCAUGUUUGGUGUCGGAAAGGUGUACAUUCACUGUAAACUUGUUGCGUGGGAUCCUGAAGUCCUUGAUGAAAGCAAGAAAGCCUGUCAAUAUUCAAAGCUUGGCGAAUGGGAGUUACUAGAUGACCCAUCCCAGAACAACCUGUGUAGCUGCUGUGAUCACACCUGCAGAUCUCGGCACAAAAGAGGAGCUAAACGGGAAUCCCAGGGGUUGAGUCAACUUUCAGUGCUGGGACCUUUGGUCAUUGUGGAUAUUUUUCACCUUCCAAUCAGAGUGAAUAAAAACAGCCUUGGUGUACCAACCACAUGUUCAGUCGUGAUGGCUUUCAUUUGGCAUAGUGCAUUGCUCUUGAGCUUCGUUGCUUCCAUUUCAGUGUAUGCAGAUGUCAAGCUGGACUGUAGGUCUGAGUUUGUGUCGCUGGUAUGGACGGAAAGCCGACACCAUGCUGAUCCGUCGCUUUUCCGUUUGGGGACCUGUGUUCCCACCAGCGUCUCUGCCCGGGAGGCAACUUUCAGUGUCGAGUAUACAGACUGUAACUUCAGGACACUGGUCACCGGGAACCAGGUAGUGCACACCAAUGACCUGACUUAUUUGUCUCCUGGUUCUCAAGUGCAAACCUUUGUUCAUCCUGUUGUUUGCAUAUUUGACAGGCCAAAAGGCUGGUCCCCACUCCGCUAUGACCCAGUGUUCUCAACCUAUGGCAAAUCAGAUCUAAUGUUCCAUAUGGCACUGAUGAAUGAUGACUUCUCUGGCCCAGCUGAAGCCACCCGUUUUACUCUCGGUUCAUUCAUCCCAAUCAUGGCUCGUGUGGCUGAAAAUACCCAUCAGCCAUUGCUCCUGCUGAUGGAGGAGUGCAUCGCCACCACGACACCAGAUCGCCAGCCUGACCAUGUUUACAACAUUAUUGGCAAUAAAGGAUGUCUUUUGGACAGUAAGGUGUCUCGUUCCAAAUUUGAACCAAGGCAGGUGCCGUCAGAAAUUAGACUAUCACUUCAGGCAUUUAGAUUUGCUGUGGAAGAAGAGGUGUUUAUCCACUGUAGACUUGUAGCUUGGGAUCCAGCUGGUAUUGACAACACGAAGAAGGCGUGCAACUUUGUCAAAGGCCAUGGUUGGGAGCUGCUGGACAACCCCACUCAUAGCAAGUUGUGCGACUGUUGUGAAACUAGUUGCAAAUCCAGGUGGUCAAGGAGUGUAACUUCAGGGAAACAUGGAAUCAUCCAGAAUGCAGUCCUUGGACCCCUGACUAUCACUGAAGAAUUGACCAGAUGAUUCAAUGGGAGGGCUUUUCCACAAGUUGCAUCAUUGUCAACCCAUUUUUUUCUUGCCUGAGCUAUGUAUAUCCAAUUAAAACUUUAAAAAAAAAAAAA